CUUUAAAUUCAAAACCCACCCCUUUCCUCCGACGUGGGAAAAUAAUAUGCUAAGAAUCUUCUCUCUCUAUAAAAGUGCACACUCGCUUUCUCGCUCUAAACAAAGUUCAAAAGAGAAGCUAAAGGUUCAGAAAAAAAAACUCGCUCUCUCUUGAAAGGAAAAAGAAGAUUCAGAUUGAGAAAUGGUGGCCUUUAGGGCUUACUCCCCUUUGAAAGGACUACAGAUCGAAGAACCUCUCUCUUCUUCUCUCUCUUCUUCCUCAUCAUCUUCGAAGAACUGUAGAGUGAGAGUGAGGAAGGGCCUUCAUGGGCCUUGCGGUAACAGCUUUUGUGGUGGCGGCGGGGGCGGUAAAGAAAACCUGUGAUGGCUUCGACUACGGAGAGUUUAUUAGUGGAGGAGAGGCAGGCAGAGAAGAGUGUUGAUCUGAAGCCGAUUGUGGAAGAGUUUGCGGGUCGUUUGGUGAAGGUUAUGAGGAAUUUGAAUGGAAAAGCUUCGAGAUUCAGAGCACAGAGAUUUGUCGAAAGGGCCAUUAUCGAUUGCCGGUUUUUCACACUAAUUGGCGUCGCUGGAUCACUCCUUGGUUCCAUUCUUUGCUUUCUUGAGGGUGUCUUCCUCGUAUUGGAAUCGUUUGUGGAGUAUUUUAAAGUUGUCAUGUGGCGAAGGUCGGAUGAAGGCCAGAUGGUCCUCCUGCUAAUGGAAGCCAUAGACAUGUUUUUUGUUGGAACUGCAAUGCUCAUAUUUGGAAUGGCGUUACACGAGCUUUUUAUAAGAUCGAAGGACAUCAACACAGAAAAUGAAUCAUCCAUGUCAAGCUCCAAUCUCUUUGGUCGCUUCCAUCUCAAGGGUAGACCAGCAUGGAUGGAAAUGGGGUCAGUAGGGGAUGCAAAGACAAAGAUAGGGCAAGCAGUUGUGAUGGUUUUGCAGGUUGGGGUGCUUGAAAAGGGCAAGAAGGUGCAGCUCCUUAGUGGCCUUGAUAUGGCCUGUUUUGCAGGGGCAAUUUUGGCAUCUGCAGCUUGUAUCUUCAUUCUCUCAAUGCUAUCCUCAUCAAAUAGAGGCCCAAUAAGGUGGUGGAAAUAGAAUCUAUGCAAUUGAGUUCACAUGUGGAGUAAAUGAAAACAGGAAAAAAAAGAAAAGAAAAAAAGACUGUAAACAACUACAAGGUUUUUUGACAAUUAUAGUCAAGGGAAAUAGGGAAAAGAAAAGAAUAGAUAUAGACAAAUAUAGGAUCAAUUUGUAUCUUCUUUUUUUUUGUAAAAUAUUCUUUGUCAGAAAAUAAGGUGAGAGAACUCUUUUGUAUUAGAACUUAUUCAUGCAAAAGAAAUGUAAAUUUUGCUAUAUGAGAUGGCAAAGUUCACAAAUGAAUGCAUGCAUUGUAUGGAUUGUCACAAA